GAAGUUGAGGUAGAUUCUUGACCGUGUGUUUGGCGCAUUCGCUCUGUUCUUUGCCAUCAGCCUGUUCGGGAAUUAAGGAAAUGUUGUGUCCAGGGGAGAUACGCCUGGUUCUUGUUGUACUGGUGCUGGUUUCUCAGGUGUUCUGCCAAGAUGGACAACCAUGCUACAACUCGAACGGAGCAUCCGGUGUGUGCAGAAGCAUCACAUCAUGUCCAACGUCAUUCCAGCUGAACAUUAAUCCCUUUAGCCUUUUCGGUGGAUCACAGCGUGGAUGUCAGAACUUUUUGGGCAUCGGUAGCGUGUGCUGUUCGAAUGGAUAUCAAAGUACGACACCACCGGUUAGUGCAGAUAAUCCAGUCAUCAGACCCCAAGUUCCGACUAGUACGCAAGCCCCACAGACCUCACCGAGAACAACGACACCACGAGUGAACGUUGGAUUAGAGUGUACGGAUGCUAAAGGCUUUGUGAUACCGUGCACUUCGGGUGUUUCGACGACUCCGAAACAGACCACCAGGGCCGCGACCACUACUGCACCUACCACUACUGGCCGUGUGACUACCAUUCGAACAACGACACCGAUUAUCCUACAAACGCGGCUUAACAAUGAGCCCAAGUUCGAGAAACCGGCUGUUCUACCGACACUAGAAACCGGCUGCGGUCUUAGCGAUAUCGAGCAUAACCGCGUCGUUGGUGGCGUUCCGGCUGCACUGCACGGCUGGCCUUGGAUGGCACUGGUAGGAUACGAGAACAGUCUUGGCGAAGUUGAGUUCCGCUGCGGCGGAUCACUGAUCACCGAUCGGCACGUGCUGUCAGCGGCACACUGUAUACUGUCCUCAUUAACCACGGUACGGCUAGGGGAGCACGAUUUGAACAAUCAAACCGAAUCUGCUCAUCUCGAUGUUCCGGUGUAUAAGUACCUUUCCCAUCCAUCUUACGAUACCUUCGACGGACACUCCGAUCUGGCAAUACUGUUUCUAUCGGAAACGGUUCCGUUUAACGACGCCAUCAAACCCAUCUGUCUUCCGUUUAUGGAACCGGUCCGGAGUAAGGAUUUCACCGACUAUAAUCCGUUCAUUGCGGGAUGGGGUCGUACGGCGGAAAUGGGAUUCGAAGCGACGGUACUACAGGAGCUGCAGAUCCCGAUACUGACCAACGAUGAGUGCAUGCAGCUGUACAAGAAGAUAGGCAAACUGUUCACACGGAAGCAAUUCGAUAAUGCCGUUUUGUGCGCUGGCAUACUAGAAGGUGGCAAAGAUUCGUGUCAAGGCGAUAGCGGAGGACCGUUGAUGUUGCCGUAUGCGAUCAACAAGAAGUUCUACUACUUCCAGAUCGGAAUCGUCUCGUACGGUAUCGGUUGCGCACGGGCCAAUCUUCCCGGCGCUUACACGCGGGUUGCCACGUUCGUCGAUUGGAUAAUCAAACAAGUGUCCUCCCCAUGAAAGACGAUCGGAAGCCAGCAGCGCCAGCAGAAAGGAGUGCAAUGUAUGCUUCGUUU